UCUCCUUCUUUACAGUGUCAGCGACCGAUGUGUUUGCUCACACUAGUCAGUCUAAAGUAUUGUUGAUCUCUCCGGUCUUUGAACUUCGAAAAACAUUGAUCGUUUCCGGUCGCAGCCUCCCCCUGCUAUCUCAGAGAAAUCGAACCCUCCUCUGCCAUGGCCCACGGAUCAAAGGCAGAUUAGAUGAUGCCUCCCCCAUGCCGCAACUGAAUUGACAAGAUGAGAGGACCCUCCUCCCCUAGUCAUAUUGAACCCAGAUACCGAUUUACGGCUUCCACAAUUGAUGAAUCUAACAAAAGAAAGCCUCGAAAAAGUAAAGAUUUUAAAGAUGUUGCGAAGGCCCUCCACAUAUCUGUCCAAGAUAGGAAUUUAAAUUGCAAACCUACCUUAAAACUUGUGCUGGUGAUUAUUAUCUUGGGAGCCUUUGCGACAUUCUUCCACUCUCCAAGCAUUUAUAAUACAGAUCAUCGAUCAAAUUCUGUACCGUGGCCAACUUUUGUAGACAGAUGGAUAAGAGAGAGUGUUGCUACAGAUCCACGUUAUUUAUCAGUUUUAGACAUUAACUGGGAUCAAAUCUCAAACAUUAUUGAGAAAUUGACUGACAGUAAUGAGUAUCAGGGAAUUGGCUUGUUAAACUUUAAUGACAAUGAGAUUGAUCACUGGAAGCAGCUGAUACCGGAUGUUGAGCAUGUUGUUCUGCACCUGGACUACGUGUCACACAACAUUACAUGGGAAUCCCUAUACCCUGAAUGGAUAGAUGAAGAAGAAGAAUUUGAGGUUCCUACCUGUCCUUCUCUUCCCAAACUUAAAGUACCUGGAAAACCACGGAUUGAUCUUGUGGCAGUCAAACUUCCUUGCAACAAGUCAGGGAGCUGGUCAAGAGAUGUGGCUCGUUUACACUUGCAGCUCGAAGCAGCAAGGAUUGCUGCCGCAUCCAAAGGUUAUCAUCCAGUGCGAGUGCUUAUAGUAACUGAGUGCUUCCCAAUACCAAACCUCUUCAUGUGCAAGGAACUUCUCGUACGUGAAAGGAAUGUGUGGCUCUUUCAACCUGACCUGAAUACCCUGAGGAAUAAGCUGCAGCUUCCAGUCGGGUCAUGUGAACUUGCCGUUCCUCUCAAGGCUAAAGAAAAUUUCUACUCAGAGAGAGCACAUCGUGAAGCUUAUGCUACAAUUUUGCACUCUGCACAUGUGUAUGUUUGUGGGGCUAUAGUUGCUGCUCAGAGUAUCCGUAUGGCUGGUUCAACUAGAGAUUUUGUCAUCCUUGUUGAUGAAACAAUUAGCAAAUAUCACAGGGGAGGAUUGGAGGCUGCUGGCUGGAAAGUCCAUACAAUCCAAAGGAUCAGGAACCCAAAAGCUGAGAAGGAUGCGUACAAUGAAUGGAAUUACAGCAAAUUCCGUCUCUGGCAGUUGACAGAAUAUGACAAGAUUAUUUUCAUUGAUGCUGACCUGCUUAUUCUUAGAAAUAUCGAUUUCCUGUUUGAGAUGCCAGAAAUAUCUGCUAUAGGAAAUAAUGCUACACUGUUCAACUCUGGUGUGAUGGUGAUUGAACCGUCAGAGUGUAAAUUCCAGCUGCUAAUGGAACACAUCAAUGAGAUAGUGUCCUAUAAUGGUGGGGACCAAGGGUAUCUAAAUGAAAUCUUCACAUGGUGGCACCGAAUUCCAAAACAUAUGAAUUUCUUGAAGCACUUCUGGGAAGGUGAUGAGGAGGGAAAGAAAGAGAUGAAAACUCGUCUCUUUGGGGCUGAACCUCCAAUACUUUAUGUACUCCACUAUCUGGGCAAUAAGCCUUGGCUUUGCUUUCGGGACUAUGAUUGCAACUGGAAUGUGGACAUUUUGCAGGAGUUUGCCAGUGAUGUUGCGCAUAAAAAGUGGUGGAAGGUACACGAUGCCAUGCCAGAAAAUUUGCAGAAGUUUUGUUUGCUGAGGUCUAAGCAAAAGGCAGCACUGGAGUGGGAUCGGAGGCAAGCUGAGAAAGGAAAUUACACUGAUGGUCAUUGGAAAAUUAAGAUAAAAGACAAGCGUUUGAAGACAUGUUUUGAGGAUUUCUGCUUCUGGGAGAGUAUGUUAUGGCACUGGGGUGAAAAAAAUUGGACAGAUAAUGCUACUGUUACUCCAGCUCUACCUGUAGUUACUACCAAAUCUCUCUCUUCUUUGUGACUUGGUUCUUUUUCUGCAUACUCAGUCUUCCAUCCAGACGAUGCGUUUCAGCUCAUUUUUUUGUUCUGAAACAUAUCAUGAAGAAAUGUCUACUUCAUCUUAUAUCUUUUGUGUAUCGGUUUAUGACUUUCAUGUACUUUACCAUACCAUUCUUUUCAAAACAUAUUUAUACAGGUUUCCCCCA